GUACAGAAUAUAUUUGAAAUACACAAAAUAGUGUAAAGAAUUUAUUUUAUUAUAGAAUUUUUUUUUUUGAUUUAAUUAAAUUCUUUAGUUUAUCAUCUUCUACGUCAAUUGUUAAAUAUUGAUUAUUUGAAAAUAAUAAGUACGCAAUAACUAAUAUGCAAAGUAUUCUCGAGUGAAAUUUAUGAUUAAUUGUUGAAUUUUUAAAGUGCAAAGUGAAUCAUUAAGCGUGAAAAAGUGCUGCAAUUUUAAAAAGUAUUUUACAUAUAUGUAAUUUGAGUAAACGUAUAAUAAUUUGCUGUGACAGGAAAAAAUUAAAGCACGAUGCGAUGAUUUGAAGUUUCAUUAAUUUACUACACUUGCAAAAAUUUGUCAAUUCAUUCGACUGUAAUUGUAAUUUAAAAGAGGAUCAACAUGAAUCUAAGAGCAUUAAUAAACAGCUUUUUUAAGCGAAUUGUCAAAGAUUUUCGACAAAAGGAAUUGUUGCCAUUGAAACUCGCUUUUUUUGUAAAAGCCUCAACACUGUCAGUGCUUUAUCCAUAUUUGACAAUUCACAUGCGAGAAUUAGGAAUAAAUGUACAAGAGACAGCGUUAAUGAGUGCAAUCACACCACUUGCAGUAAUUAUUAUGCCACCAUUAGCAGGUUUAAUAGCAGAUCGAAUAGGGAAUUUUCGAAUAUCUUUAGCAUUUUUAACAUCCGUUGGUGGAUUGGCAGCUCUAUUACUGUUACUAGUCCCCGUGGGUAGAGUCAAUAUGGAAUAUCCCGAGAGGAUAAUUCUCGAUUCAAAAUGUCAGCGAAAUAGUGAUAAAUUAAUAUUUGAAAUUAAUCGAAAUCAUCCUUGUAAUGAGAAACUUGAAUCGGAGAUAAACAUGAGGAUAGAGAGUUGUGGUUACAUGUGUUCAGUACCUAAUAAUACCGACGUUCCACUGUUGUUAAAGGAAAAAAGUUACACAAUUGAAGUAGCAGAAUAUGAUUCAAUUAUGCUCUUCAAUUAUUCGAUUCCCGAAAGAAAACCAACUCAGGUAAACGAUGAUUUAGAUGACGUUAGAUCACACAGGAUGUUAAAGAACGAUGAAUUUUUUAAGACGUCAAUUCGUCAAAUCACGAAUUAUACCCUUUUCUUCCCAGCGAACGAUUUAUACAGUUUUAAGUGCAAGCAAAUUACUGAGGAGAAUUCUUUAAGUCAAGCUGAAAGGAAAUUUUUAAAAUGCGGCUUUGGGCGUGUUUCUAAUAAACAAGAGGGCGCAAAUAGUCAAUUAAUCAAUUACAAGCCCUUCAGAACGAAUCUCAAGACUUUUAAUGAAUCGUCAGACAGUCCAGUCAUUAAAAUGAAAUAUUUAGUGGAGAAAUCAAAUUGGACUGACAAUAAUAUGAUGAAUGUUGAAUGCAAUAAUGACGAAGGGGCAAAUCAAAAAGUUUUCAUUUCAGCCGGAAAUUAUAAUAUUAUGAAUUGUCAUCAAAGAUGUCUAAUCACUGCUCCUAGAUCGGAAAUAUGCUCUAAUUUAAAGGAAGAAGUCGUCUAUAAUAUACAAUUAACAUUCUGGUUGUAUCUUUCCUUUCGACUGUUCAACGCAAUGAUCGGUGGCACUGCAUGGGCAAUGUUCGAAGGUGCUGUGAUUGCAACUUUGAGAGAACAUAAGGCUGAUUAUGGCUUACAGAGAUUUUACGGCAGCUUAGGGGGAAUGAUAUCGUCCCCCCUAUCAGGUCUCAUGAUUGACUCAUUUAGUAAAGGAAAAGCUUUCACUGAUUUCAGGCCAGCGUUCUAUCUAUACGCUGCUCUAAAAGUCGCUUCAGGUGUCCUCAUGUUGUUUAUUAAUUUGGAAUUCAAAUCGCCAGCGAAAAGUAUAUUUAAGGAUGUCUACAAUGUGCUCAAGAAUGUGGAAAUCGUUACACUUUACAUGGUUUCCUUCAUGUUAGGUACUGCUUGGGGAUACAUCGAAUCAUUUCUGUUCUGGUUUCUGCAGGAUUUGGGUGCUUCCCAAUCACUUAUGGGAAUCACCAUAACAGUUAGUGGUCUUGCUGGUUUGCCCUUAUUGGUUUUAUCGGGACCAAUAAUUGACAAACUUGGCCACGCAAAUGUUCUCUUCAUUGGAUUCAUUUUUUACGCUAUCAGACUCGUCGGCUAUUCACUGAUUUACAACCCAUGGCUGUGUCUGAUUUUUGAAGCACUUGAAUCUGUAACAUCUGGACUUGCUUUUACAGCAGCUGUAACUUACGCCGCAAAAUUAUCAACGACAGCCACUGAUAGCACUGUACAAGGUUUAUUGGGUGGAAUUUACUACGGAGUUGGAAAAAGUUGCGGAGGCCUAGUGGGUGGAUUCCUGAUGAAAGGAGUGGGUACACGUCCCACUUAUCAGAUAUUUGCAGUAGCUUCCCUAUUGACAGGAUUAAUGUACUACGUGUUCAACGUCACUUAUUUGAAAAAGCGUCCUCAAGUUGAGGGCAAUGACAUUGUGAAGAAAGAACCCAAGAAGAAGAAAACGACGACGUCGACAACUACUGGUCAAAAUGAUCUCGAGAAUGGAUCAGUGGAAAUAGUUUCAAAAGAAGAGAAGAAAACGAAAACGAAACAAAAUCAAAAGAUAGCAACAGCAGCAGCAGCAGCAACGGACAAAGAAAAGAUUGCCCAGGGCUACAACAACAAGGCAUAUUCUGAAGAUCCAAUGAAAAUUGAAAGCGCAAAUCCAACGUCCAAGGACAUUGAGGCCCUCAACAACGUCAAGAAUCUCGAUAAGAUUGAAAAGAUUACCGAGAGUCAAGUUGAUCACGCUGAAACUGAGAAAACUCACGAGAAAAAGGAACAAAAAAAUGACAACAAUGCAAUUUUCAAUAAUUCUACCUCCGAUGAUAAAAGUCAAUCACGCAAGCAUAGCGUCACUAUUGAAAAGGUACCAAAGGAUAAAUAAUUAAUCUUUUUACUAUUGAGAACGUGAUUCUAAAUUAGUACAUAUUCAACUGAAUAAUAUCGACACAGUUUUUCUAAGGAUAUCAAAUUGAGACAAAAAACGAAUCAAAACAACAAUUUUUGAUACACUUCUUGUCUCAAUUUGAUAGCCUUAGACGUUUUUGAUAAAACAUUAUCAAUUACUAACAAUAUUAAUUUUAACAAUUAAAGAGAUUGAAAAAAAACAUUUUCUCAUAAUUAUUUUCAUAUACAUAUGCGUUUACAAAGAUUUGUAAAUUUCUUGAGAUAUUAAUUUUCCAACAGUAAUUAAUUCAAGUAAAUAUUUAUUUGAUGAAAGACAAAUUUGCUAAUAGGUAAAUUUUUGGAUAUUGAAAUUAAAUUUCUUUUCAAUGUAAUAAUUUUUCUUUUAUGUUUUGAAUUUUCAUAAUUUCAAAUAAUUGAAAUCAAUCUUACCGCGAUUAAAAUGAAUCUGAUAGAAACAUUUCUAAAAUGCAAUUAUUGUCGCUUCAUUUUAGGACUCGAAAUAUUAACGAUAGUCUUGAUUAAUGAUAGCUUCAAAAAAGUUAGUAUAUAGUUCAAAUAAUUUGAAGAUAAAAUUAAUUGAAAUUUGUCAAAAUCAAUUAAAAGUAACAAAAAUUAAUUAUUCCAAAAAAAGCUUCUGUUUAUUGAAACUACAAAAAUAAUUAUCUUUGUAGUUAAACGACAGAUAAAAUAAUUUUAAGCUAAUAUUAAUAUUGCAGGCCUCGGACUGGAUUAAAAAAUAAAAAAUAGUAUCCAAAAUGUUAAAAAAUGUUCGUAAAAAUAAAUAUAAAUUGAUGGUUUAAUUUCUCCACUUGAGAACGCCAAAGUCGCCAUCAGGUGGCGAGGAAUCUGGUUUUGUCGACUGAACUGUCAUCUAACGGUGACCUUGACGUUCGCAAUAUUGAAUCUCAAGAUUUGAUUUUCAAUUAAUAUAAAUUAAAUUAAUUAAUAUAAGUGGAUUUCUCUUCUUAAUUCACUGUAAUUUGCAUUAUUUUUAUCGCCUCUAAUUUUUGUAGAGUCUUAGAAUUAAUUUCUUUACUAAAUAAAUUGAUUUUAAAAAUUUCAGUUAAAAGAAUAGUACCAUAUUCGUGAAUUUUUUAACAAAAUAAGUAUCUUUAGUAACUUAUUUACAAAAAUAGUAGCUAAAUAGUUGUAUUUGAUGAAAAUUAUCAAAAAAUAUCAAUAGACGCAUAAAUCCGAGGCCUUUAAUUGAAAUUAAAUAUAAUUUGAAGAUCAAUUCAAAAUUAUUAAUAAUUUUAACAAAAAUUGAAGCUACUAAAUGACAAAAAUUCUAACGAACAUAUAUUUUUUCCAAACUAUACUUUAUACAUAAAUAUAGUUUUAUUGGAUUGUAACACUAUGGUUUAUAUUUUCAAUUAGUAUUUGUUUUAAUUAACCUAUUUUAUUCACUUAAACCAUUAUCAACCACUAAUUUUUUAUUAUCUGUAACAGUAUUUUUUUUACCAAAUACUUUUCGUUAAAUAAUUUUUUUUUAACUGAAAAUAAAAUUAAUCUCAAGGAAUAAUAUUGUAAAAUAAAUUAAUGACGAAUGAUUCUUGGAUUUUUUGAAUGAAUCUGUAGUCAAUAAAUAUUGUAAAAUAAUAAAAUGACUGUACAAUCAUUUUCAUCGUAAUUGAGAAUAAUUAUUAAUUAAUUAUUAACAUAAUAAAUAAAUAAAUGAUUAAGAAAAAAUGAGAACUACAUUAAAUAAUUUGUUACAAUAUAAUAUUCAUGAAUAGUAUGAUUAUUAUAUCAAAAUAUAAAUUAAUACAUAAUACAAUUUUAAAAACUUUCAUGCAGUCAUUUUAUUGUUAAUAACUCUGUUACUGAUAAAUGGUCUGUGUUAAUUAUUUAAAUAUAAAUGUCAUUACAAUAGGAAUGUACAAUAGAAUUGUAUGUUUAAUUUAAAAAAAUUAUUUAAUCCCAGCUGAAAAAGUUCUAUAGAAUUUCACUAGAAUCAUUCUAUAGAAUCAUUCUAUAAGAAUUCUAGUGAAUAUUCUAUAGAAUUUCACUAGAACGAUUCUAUAGAAUUUCUACAUGAAUUCUACUAAAUUUAAGUGAUUUUUAAUAAGAAAGAAUACAAAAUUUCGUAGUCUGUAAUUUGAUUAAAAAAGGACAAAAAGUUCGUAAAUUGUACGAUAUAAUUUGGAGAAUUUAAGAGAAAAUUACAAAUGAUUGAAAAAUUCAAUUAUUUUCAAAAGUAAUA